AUUUGUAUGCACUGGAAACGCCUUUACUGUGGAAAGCCAUCUGUAACAGGUGCUGGCUCGCGCCCGCCACUUUGAGAUGCGCCUUUGGUCGAUGGACAUGGACGACGCAGCGCUGGUCGCGUCGUUGCGAGACGCCCCCGACUUUGACGCGACCAUGGCGCUACUGACGCCGUCGGCCGACGUCAAGCAGCUCCUACCGUCGCUUGGCGUGCUCCUCGGCGAGUCGCUGCAUCCGUUCUUAUGCACCGUUGUGGCCAAGGAAGUCCAACAGGCCGCCGAGACACCAAGCAUCGAGCUCUUCCGCGCCAACUCGCCUGGCAUGCGCCUGCUUAGCGAGUUCUCGUACCUCGUGGGCGACGCUUACUUUCGCAGCGUCCUCCUUGCGCCGCUCGAGACGCUCUAUGACAGCAGCGAGAGCUACGAAGUCAACGAGACCGUGCCGCUGGACGCUCUCAGCGCCAACCAAUCGCGGCUCGAAGCCACGGCCCAAGCGAUUCUCGACAGUCUCUUGGCCGCCGAGUGCCCGGCGCCGCUGGCCCGCGUCUGCCUCGCCUUUCGCCACUGCGUCGCAACAACGUUCCACACAUACACGGACGCCGCGCUCGGUGGCUUCCUCUUCCUGCGCGUGCUCUGCCCCGCGGUGGUGGUGCCGGCAAAAGCGCAUUUGUUUCCCGGUCGACCCAUGCCGCCGAUCGCCCGCCGCGCGACCGUGCUCGUCGCCAAGCUGCUGCAGAAUCUCGCCAACAACGUGCUCUUUGGCGCCAAAGAAGAGUACAUGACGCCCUUCAACGGGUUCAUUCGAAAAAACUACGCGGCCGUCGUCGCCCUCUACGACCGCAUUUGCACGAGCGCGACGGCGUCCGAGCACGCUCCGUACACGCUGCCGACUGCCAUGUCCUACGCCACUGCGCUCGAAGUCGUCAAGCGCGAGCGUGUCAAGUCCGCGCCUGUCAACAAGACGGAGCUGCUCCUGGCGCAGUCGACAGAGCCCACGGUGCUCAUGUCGGCGCCGAUUGACCGGUCGUCGCACACGAGCCACCGCCAGUCGAACGUGCGCGAUCGCACGUCGCAGUUUACGCGGAGCUUCGGCACGUUCGUGCAGCGCAGCAGCAACUUUUUCAUGACGUCGCGCGGCGAAGGCUCGUCGACGCGCGCCACCGAGACAGCGCGUCACCGACCACUACCGUGGCGCGACGUAAAAGCGCAUAUGGGCAGCCUCAACGCCACGGACGUGCGACCGCGACAUAGCCAGUACAUUGACUGGAUCCAGCGCAGCAUCGCGUACUUGGUCAAAGCGUCGGCGGAGAACGAAGACAUGUUGUCGUGGCGGCCACUCAAGCAGAAGCACGGCGUACAGCUCUGGACGCGUGACGUCCACGCCAUCACCGAAGUUCGCGCGUCGGUGGUCGUUCGCAGCGGGAAGAAGGCAUGCUUUAGCUACCUCUGCUCGUCCCGCGGCCGCAAGACGUGGGGCCAGGGCUGGAACUACGAACGCGAGGUUGAGCUCGUUGACCACACUACGCGCGUGCUGUACAAGUCGACGAACGGCAGCAGCCGGCUCUGGAGCUUCAGCGCGGACCAAGACAUUGCGCUCCUCGAGAGUGCCGGCUACGACGCCGACCGACCCGCGACGCUCGUGUUCCAAAGCGUCUACCGCAGCGACGUGCCGCCCGUUCAAGGCUGCGCGCGCGUCGAACUGCGCGCAAGCGGCUUUGUGCUGCGCGCCGAAGGACCAACGGAAACGAGGCUCUCGGUCAUUUACCGCUUUGACACGGGCCAGCAAGCGGGGUGGACCAAGCACGCGCUGGCGAUCGCUCGCGUCAAACUCGACCUCGAGUCGUCCGUAUAAUUUAAGACACGUUCUCCACACCAAUGA